AUGGCAAUGCCUCUACACACUGGGUCUUCACAGCCAAUUCCCCCCACCCCACCAAUGUGUUCCAACACAGACAGUGGGGUAGCCACAGCUGGAAGUACGGAAUGGUAUCACCCUUCCAUCGCCACAGUUAGACUCCAGGAAAUGUUCUCAUUUCUGACCUUGGAUGGAUUUACAUUUGUAAUCAAUUCAACAUUCGCUCCCUUCCUCCAAGUCCGUCACAUCCCUCGGCCCCAAGAAAUCACCCUAUGGCGCAAAGUCUACAUUCUUACAAGCUCCAAGGGCCCCUACAGCAUUCAACCACUACACUACAAGAUGCCCCCACAGUACCAGCACCUUCCACCCCAUAUCAGGUGGAAAGUCAACAACACUGGUGAACUUAGCACCUUCUCCAGCAAAGCUGUGGAGACUCUCAGUUGCGCAUCUUCAACAAGCUCAUUGUACACCCCCAAUGCAUGGACAUUGGACUCGUUCGAAAUUGGCCAUCACCUUGGGAGGGGCGGGUUUGGACACGUCUACAUGGCUCGAACCAAGGAGGCUCCCAAGUUUAUUCUUGCCCUGAAAUGCCUGUACAAGGCUGAACUGAAAGAGGAACAUGACAAGGAGCAAUUGUGUCAAGAGCAGGGAAGUCAAGUGGUGGCUGUGUUGCAAUAUCUACAUAGCAAGCAUGUCAUCCACCAUGAUAUCAAGCCUGAAAAUCUUCUCCUUGGUCUUGAUGGAGAGGUGAAGAUAGCCGAUUUUGGAUGUAGUGUCCAAGCAAACAGUAAUUGCCAGAUGACAUUCUGCAGCACUCUCGAUUACAUGGCCCCUGAAAUGGUUGCAGGGGAACCCUGCAUGGAGAAAGUGGAUCACUGGGCACUGCACAUCUAUUUGAGACAGGAAGACCAGAACUGGUGCCUGCUCUCAGUGUCACAUCUAUAA